UGGGCUCAAGCAAUCCUCCUGCCUUGACCUCCCAAAGUGCUGGGAUUGCAGGCAUGAGCCACUGUGCCCGGCCUCAGCUCUGUUUCUAAGCAGUUUCCCUCUAAAAAUGCUAUAUUCUUUUGAUGCUUUUCUUCACAGAGGCUCAAAGUGCCUUAAAUACGUUUAAGUCUGUGAAACUUAGGAUACAGGGAAAUUGAAUAAUAAAUUAUCAAUUGAAUGGUCAAUGAUGUAAAAUAUGAUAUUUUUUCCGUGGUUAUACUGUUGCUAAAUUGACUUUUCUCUCCAAGAAAUCUUCUGGAAACUUCACACCACCACCUGAAUGCCCACUCCCGAGUGGUCGGGGCUCCACGGGAAUGCUGACCACACUUCCUCUCAGGGGCAGACCUGCAGGGCUGCCCCUCACCAGUGCCCUUCUUCUCUUACUGCGAGACUAUGUCAGCACAUUAUGAUUAUGAUGCAGCAGCAAUAGAACAAUGCCCAGAGCAGCCUGGACUGCGCUUCUUUUACUAAGUGGUUAUUUGCCUGCUGGGUAGACAUAAACACCUGCUAAAGAAAUGUGAAAAGAGUGGAAACGUGCUGUUUGGAGAUUAUUUUCCUAGUCAACAUCCAGGAGAUCUCCAGAGAUCUAUUUCAGCCCCAUCUGUUGAUUUCAUCAUGAAAAAGAGGAAGCUCAAACUGAAGUGAGUUAAAAACUUCAUCUCCUAGAGAAGAUUGUGGCUCAGCCUGAGUUGAGUUUUUUAUGUUUAUAUGCAAGUGCAAUGAAGAAGAACACCAGCAAGUCUACCACGAGGAUCAAUGAGCAAGAUGCUCUCUGCACCCCAUACUCCCAUGAUCCAAGAGAUCUUCAAAGUAUGUUGGAUGGAGGAGAGUAUGCCCCUUUUGUAUCUCCUCCCAUGUUAGAGAGCAAUUUUAUCCAGGUUAACAGGAGAGGUGAAUCCAUUUACCUUCAUAACCGAGCCAACUGGGUGACCGUAGGCAUCUGUUCUUCCAGUUCCACCCACAAGAUCCCUAAUGUGAUGCUACUGGCACAUCUGACACCUGGUGCCCGGAAAGAUACAGAACCCCUGUUUAAAAGUCUCCUGACAUCUCCUCCUGCAGAGAAACUGGUGCUCACCAGGUUUCUCCCUCUGCAGUUUGUGACUCUUUCUGUGCAUGACGCAGAGAACAUGCGCCUAAAAGUAAAGCUGGUGAGUGGUCGAGCCUACUACUUACAGCUCUGCACUUCUGCAUGUAAACAGGACACCUUGUUUUCUCAAUGGGUGGCCCUCAUCUCCCUCUUGAAUCAGGAGAAAGCCAAAGUUUCCAAAGUGUCAGAGGUUUCAAGUCUCUCAGGAAUUACGAAUAGCACAGACGUCACAGGCUCCACGGAUGUGAUGGAUAUCACAGCAUUCACAGCCAUCCUGACCCCGUACAUGUACGCAGGUAGAGGCCCUGAACAUGUCAGGGACAGCAUAGAUUUCUCAGAAUUCACAGACAUCACCGACAUCACAGAUGUCACAGACCUUCCAGAAAAUGAGGUCCCAGAGGUCCCGGAUAUAAGAAUUGUUACAGAAGUCAUAGAAGUCAGAGAAGCCACAGAAGUCACAGACAACUCUGAUAUUACAAACUGCUCGGGAGUCACAGUGGUGUUUGAAAACAAUGACUUAAUCAGGGCCAGGCAAGAGGAGAAGGAAAAAUUGAAAAACAUUCUGAAGCCUGGGUGUCUACAAGAUACAAAAAGUAAGAGUGAGUUGAAAGAAUCCUCAAAACAUGUCACCAUCUCAAACAUAACACUGACUUUUGAAGGUAAAAGAUAUUUUCAAACUACCUUGACUCCAGUAGUAAGUGAGGCAAAUACAUCCAAGGAGAUGGAGAAUACGACCUCUGAAGAAAAGACACCUGAUUUUCAGAGCACGGCUCUCGAGGCUGAAGAAUCCAGGAGCUUGAGAACUGAAUCAAACACUUCGGUUCUCUCCCCUCAUAUCAAAUCUCCUUCUAAUUUCCUCAAACUUGUGCCUCAUCUGUCUCCCCUUUUCUCAAGGGAAUGAAUGUGAGGAAAGAAAAGUAAAACAGAAAAAGACAAAGUUGGUGGAAAAACAUGUAAGACAACCGAAAGGUAACUUUUUAAUUAUAAGUCUCUAUAGGAAUACAUGAUAGCUAUGAUACUGUCACACAAAAAAGUUGUCAGUAAGUGGGGUCUUUUAACAUUAAAUCUUAUUCUACUGUAGUAACAAUAUAAGUGGAAUGAAAUGUUAGGGGUUUGUUGUGGUUUCUGCUCUAGAAUCCAUCAUGGGUCAAAAGAUAACAUCAGCACAGGGAAGAGGAGAGGGGGCUUCAGGUGAGGCACUGGAAGAGAAUUAUGUGUUGUGCUACCAUAGCGAUUCCUCUCAUUUCUGUACUUCUUUGCAACCUUAUCAUGCUAUUUCCCAACCUGCUUUUUAGAUCAGCCAAUACAAUUAAGACCUCUUUUUUUCAUAGCAAAAGGAUACGGAUAUUCGUAGAGUGCCUGCACGGCUGUCAUGUACAGUUGUGUAGCUUGUACACACCAUCCAUGUUGUAGUUUAUGUGCAAUUCAUAAUCUGCACAGCUGUAUGCGGUGGCCCUGGCCUACUGUAUUCUAAGUUUCUUUGAAACACCAGCUCUGCAGUGCGUUGCUGAAGAAUGAAACUUCUCUCAGCCAUGAUAACAAUACCCGGUAGCACAGAAAGAGUUGAAGCAAAUGCAAUUCUAGGGCCAUUGUGUCUUCUGUUGCCUCCUUCAUAAAGCUAAUGCUGUGUGUGUGUGUGUGUGUGUGUGUGUGUAUGUGUGUACCAGGGCUGAGUUCACAGAAUUGAAGAGGGGAGGUUGGUGGACCACGGUGGCCUGGGCAGUAACCCCUUCCCCAUCCUGGCAGGGCCUUACUGAUGGAAUCAAGGUGCCCACUCUUCUGUCCAUCCUUCUGUCACUCUGCCACCAAAAAGCCAGCUUAGCACUUGAGCAUUUUGUUUAUUUACUUGUUUAUUUUUUCUGUUUUGUUUGUUUGUUUGUUUUUGU